AUGUUUGUAAAAGACCCCUGUGGGAUCGUGUGUAUCAUAAUUACGUAUGUUGCUGUCUUCUAUGCAGAUUACGUCGUCGUACGUUGGGUUAUCCUGCAUAGUUUGCAAGACAGGAUAAACAACUGUGUUGGAGAACAAAAUCAAAAGUACUUUAUUCAAUUUCUGGUCUAUGUUGGAAUAUUGGCCUUCUAUGCACUAGGCUUGGUGGUAACUUCAUGGAUUUUAGAAUGUUCUCGGUGCAGUAACGAUAUAGCUGUCAAACAGAGUCGCAUCUUACACUGUGUUAUAUUGGUAUUGGAAUCAGCACUGUUUGGCAUGUUUGUCAUCGCAAUGCUCGUAGACCAAUUUCAAGGUAUCCUGGGAGAAGAAAAUAUAAUGGAAUAUAUGCAGAAUAAUCAUCAUUAUAAAAGAAACAGUUCACGUACUCUGGUUUUACUUUCUCAGGUUUGUGGUAAGAGUCAUCCAAUUCUAUGGAUGUUCCCUUGCCAAAACCCGCCGCGUUAUACUUUCCGAAAAGAUGCGUACCUGAUAGAUCAUGAAGUUUAGAUAAAUACUUAAUCGCAUAUUGAGAUACAAAUGCUUUCUUAUGGCUUGCCAUAAAUAUUUUUUUAUAUGUUUCAAAAAGGUUUCCAUUAUUUAAAUGCAAUUUUUUUGGAAAAAAUGAGAUAUUAUAUGUUAUAAAAUUUGGAAAAUGAAAAGGAAAGACUCUCGUAUAUUAUAAUAGUUUACUUAAAAUACUUAGGUGCUAUUAAAAACUUUUUAUUCUCUUAUUUAAAUUUACUUUUUUUUAUUUUUUAGUAAAAUUCUUUUUUAAAUGAUCUUAUGAUCUUUUUAAACUCUUAAAAUCUUAUUAAGUAACAAAUAUAAAAAAAAAAAGGAAUAUAGAAAGGAAGACAUUUUAAAUUUUUAUUUUACAAAUUUUAUAUUACUUUUGAAUUGUUGUUUAAUUCUUAGUAGAUUAUAUCCAAGUAUAUUUUAAGAUAAAUAAUUAAAUUAAUAUAUUUUUUAAUAUUUGCUUAUGAGUCAUUCCAUAAUACUGCAUAAUUAAUUCUAAAUAUACUUGCAAAUUUAAUACUCAAGUAUUAUUAAAUAUAUUGAAUGUAAUAUUAAUAAAUGAAUAUUUAACAAAAUCUUAGUAAAGCUUGCAGGAUUGCGCAUAUAAUCAGAUUUGUCAGUAUAUCUUUCAUAAAAAUUUUGUGAAUGCAUAUAUUUUAUGAAAUAUUCCAGUAUUUACAAAAUUCAAUACUAGUCUUCAAUUUUUUGAAAAUAUUAAUAAAACUUCUUUGUAUUUAGAUUGUGCAAAAUGUAUAUCUUUUUCAUGUUUAUAUGAAAUUAGUAUAUAUAAAAAAGUAUUAUUUUUAUUCAAAAAAAUUUAUUGAAGAUAUCAUUUUUUAAAGACAAGCAGCCAUUAAGCCAGCGACAUUUUCGAAGUCUAUUUUUUCUGUAAUAUUUUUUGUUUUAAUAUUUUCAUCCUGAUUAGCAAUAAAAAUAAUUGAUUUACUUUCUUCUUUCCAUCCAUAUUUUUUUACCCAAUGUUUUAAUGUGGUAUCUGAAAUAAAUUGUUUCAUUAAUAAAUUUGUAUUUAUGCAAUGUUUUAAAGUAGUCUAAUAAUUUGUACUUAAAAAAGCAAAUUCUCAAAUUUAUAUAAAUAUUAUAUAAUACUGAUAAGUAAAACAUAUUUAAUUCAAUGUGUUUAGUUUAUAAAUUCAUGUUAAGUUAUCUCAAUGGAUUUAUGUUAUUUAAAAUAAUUAUUUUAUCUGAUAUACUAUUUUUUAACAGAAUAUUGUUUUGUAAAUAUUUUUGUAAUUCUUUUCUAAAAUAUUGAAAGUAUAUAGAAUGUAACUUUACCAUCAACACCUCCAAGAAGUUGUGCUAAAAGAUUCUUAUCUAUUGUUUGA